UUAACCUUAGGCCCUUGUGCUGCGGUCUCUUGUCUUUCGCCGCGAUGGGUAUUCCCAAGCUCUUGCUCUCUCACCUCCGCCGUUCUCGUGCCGUCUCCUCUCUAAACUCUCUCUCUCGUGCCUAUGUUUCUCACUUCCUUAUAAACCCUACCCCGCUCCUCUCGCAAGCUCCAAUUCCCUCUCAUAAUCCCCGCGGGCCUCACUACGCGAACGCAUUCACUUCUUUUCAUUUGUUUAACAAUCGAUCCUUCUCGACUCGAUCAGAUGACGACUUGGAGUUUUUCGCCGACUCAGUUACCAUGUCUGGCGUCGAGUCAAAGCCUCCAGAAUUUGCAGUUAAUGAGGUUGCCGAAGCUGUAGUUAAGGGUAGCACUGGCGGCGAGGAGUCGAUUCUUCCUGUUCGAGCAUUGAUUUCGUUGCUUGAUGGGUUUCAUGAUCUCACUGGCUUGCCUUGGUGGAUAGUUAUUAUUUCAGCCACAGUAUCUAUGCGAGUUUUGUUGUUCCCUUUACUUGUUCUGCAACUUAACAAGUUGAAGCGUAUAUCGGAGUUACUUCCAAAAUGUGAGUUUUCACUGUUUCUUUUCUUCUGCAGCCAAGACACUGUUUAUGCAUUACUAUAUUGCUUCAUAAUAGUUUCAAUGACGUUGGUGGGGGAGGAUUCGUUGGUCGUAGUCCUAUAGGACGGCCGAUGGACAAGAGGGGCAUAAAAGUCCAAAAAUAGAAAGGCUUGGCAUUUCUGCUAAAAAUGGGCGCAGGUGGUAGCAGAGGUAGCUGGCUGAUGCCCAGACAGUUGGCUGGGCAUGAUAGGCCUAGGGAAGGCUCACGCCAACCUCAUUUGCCAACUGGGCCUGCUUGGCGUGCAGGGGUGUAAGGUGCUGCAGCCAUAUUCCUGCGAAGCACCUAAACAAGGUUCGAUUGGUGCGAGGCGCGAGGCACACGUGCAGAGCAGGUGCGUGCAGGGAGCACAGGCGGACGCACAGGAGAGCGGCAGUGGAGCGACUGCUGGUAGGCCUACGGAGCCAUGCAAGAUGAGGUUCAUCCCUGCGAGCUACAAUAAGGCAGUAAGGCGAUGAGACGUGCUGGGAGGCGCGUGAAACUUUCAAAAGGAUUUAAAAUAUGCGAAAACUCACUAGUGAGAUUCAGUUGACGGCAAAAAGUUUUAGAUUAGCUCUGAAUUGGUCAGAACCACCCAAAACAGUUUGGAGGAUAUCAGACUAAUCUAAAACCUUUGGAAAAUCUGCUUGACAGCAGUUUUACUCCAGUCAAGAGGAUUCCACCUGCACUUUCUUCAGCAUAUUCAUAAUUCUCCUGAAAGAGUAAAAUUAUAGUUAGUCUCUGAAAGUUCUAGAAGCCUAUUUUUAGCCACAUGUUGGAGGCUCCCUCUUCACCACAUGUUUAGGAGGUGUAACGUAGGUAAAUAGGAGUACAUAAAGUUUGCUUUAUUCUUUAUAAAUUUUCAUAUUAUUAAUAAAGUGUUUUGGCUAUUGUUUGUAAA